AAAUAAAAACUUUAUUUUUUAAUGGAGUAUGCGCACGAUUUCUCUCAACAUAGAUCUUAAGAUCCCUUAAAUAGUGUACGUUCUCAUUCUUUUCUAAUAUUCUAAUAUUCAACUAUAACAUUCAGAAUAUCUAGAAUAAAAUAAAUCUAUUUUUAUUCCUAAAUAUUAUCAAAUAUUAUUUAAUAAUAUCACACAAUCGAUACAAUGUCUCAAGCCUAUAUUCAUGCAUGCGAAAGGGCGGAAUUGUUAGGAUUUCCAAUACCAAGUGAAGAAGAAUGGAAAGAAACGCAAAAGUCUGAAGAAAACGUUGAUAAUGACGAUGAUGCAAUGAUUCAAAACUUGGAUUCUUCUAGUGAAACUACACAACGAAUCAGUGGUGGAUUAGAUGAAUUAAACAGUAUACUCAAUGUUACUCAAAAAAAAAUUAACAGAUUUAAGAAUAUUUGUGGCAGUUUGGGUAGUUUACUUAAAGUAAAAGUAGGAUCUAAAAAUAAUACACCAGAUCAUAAACUAACUGAACAAAGUCAUAACGAAAUAAAGAACAUUAAUCCUGAAACAUCUAUGAAUGAAGAAAACUUAAUAGUAGAACUAUCUGAUGAUAAGAAACAUAUGGAGAAUACAGAAACUAUUGCAGCAACAUCAAAAGCAAUUGAUAUCAAUAAAAAAAUGGGAUCUCAUUUGAAUAAGUUAGAUUCUCUUAUCACUAAAGCAGAAAAUGCACAAUAUAGUAUGCAAUUUCAAACAAAACAAAUGAAAAAAUUUUUAAAAUAAUAAUUUAUAUGCAAAAAUAAUAUUUUAUUCUAAUACUCUCUUUUUCUCAGGCCUCUUCCAAAUAGAUUUAAAACUUUAUUUAUUACUAUUAAUAUGCUUAAAAAAUUAUAU